AUGGCAAAGUUGGCAUUGGCAGAUGUGCGUGCGAGCUUUCGUGGGUUUAUUUCCACCCCCCAAGAUCCAGCCUAUGGCCGUCUCAUUGAACGCUGGUCUGCAAACGAGCAGAAUGAGCCUCAGCUUAUUUUCGAGCCCGUUUGCGAGGAAGACAUAUCCCUCGCAGUCAAGUACGCCGUCUCGAAUGACAUUGAGGUGGCUGUAGUGUGUGGUGGCCACUCUUUCUUGGCCGCAUCUAGCUCAAAGGGAGGUGUUCACAUCGACUUGCGACGCAUGAGAGGCACCUGGGUUGAGAACACGCACUUUGGCGCCGACGGAGUCAUGACCAUUGAAGGAGGUGCUUCUUCUGGGGACGUCGCUGAAGCCUGUGCCGCGCGAGGCACCUGCACUCCAUUGCCAGCGGUUAAAGAACUCGGAUAUAUGGGUUUCGCCUUAGGCGGUGGAGCAGGGUGGACAUCGGGUCUUAUGGGGCAUGCCGUCGACCAAUUCCUUGAAGUUCGCAUCGUUCUAGCCUCUGGAGAGGUUGUAACUGCCUCCGAAAAGUCUCAUCCAGAUCUUUUCUGGGCUGUCAAGGGGGCCGGAUACGGUUUCGGAGUUGUGGCGAGUGUGAAGAUCCGAGUUUGGGGUCUCCCAAACCAGAUAUUCUGUGGGACUAUUGUGUACCCCGCAUCGUCAUUCAAGGCCUUGUUCGAGGCUGCUGAACGGUAUAUCGAGCGCCAAAAGGAAGAAGACACGGUAGCAUUUGUCUACCAAAAUGUUGACCCAGAUGGUGGCCACAAGGAGUCAAUCCUGGCAAUGCCUUACUACCACGGCAAUGACGAAGCUGAGGGUCGGCGACGAUUUAAGGAGUUACUUGAUGUUCCACAUAUCGCUGACACAACUGGGCUGCAGUGGUAUCCAAGAUCCGCAGAUAGCACUCCUGCCUCGGUAUGGAUGCCCAUGCGUCGUUACUCGAACGGGACGCUCUUUACACGAAUAUCGCCAAAAGUAUGGCUCCCAGCAAUUGACCGCAUUAGACAAUGGGUUGCCGGCGAAGAGAGCAGGUACAAAGGGUCAAGCAUGUUCAUGGGCUUAUACGGCUGGUACAAGACCUUUGAGAACACUGGUCCCCAGUUUGACAGCGUCUGGCCGUUCCGUUUCCCUCCGAGCGAUGGUGAAAGGUCCUGGCGGGACUGUGCCGUAUACAUCACGACCGAAAAAGCAGAGGACGAAAAUGCAGCUAUACAAGCUGCUAGAGAGGUCGUGGAAGUGGUCCGGCAGAAGCAUGACGAAGAGUUUGGGCCAACUAAAGUUUGGAGAGUCUAUCCAAAUGCAAGUCUGCUACCAGGGACCACUGCUGAGUACAUCUUCAAGGAGAAUUACCCACGUCUGCAGGAUGUAAAGUCACGGUAUGAUCCAGAGAAUGUCUUCCACAAGAAACAUCCCAUAGUGCCGAGGCCCGCAGCAGCAUAA